AUGGAAAAUACAAGAGUUUUGAGCACCGGGUCCUUGUCCAGCCUGAUCACCAUCACGACAUUUUGCAAUCCAUCACUGGAUGCUGUGGUAGGGCCUCUGCCAGAACUUAACAACGAGAAAAAUCCACCAAUCUACAAGUCAACCUUGUAUGACGAGCACAUCACAAAUGUCUACUGGAUGGCAAACAUUCUGGAAAACUUCAGAAAGAUUCUCACAGCACAAUAUGGCAGCUCCAGCAAGAUCCCGUGGUGCAAUGGAUCUGUGGAAGAACUUGGACGCUGUCUCAAGGCAUGUGCCAGGAGCAAAGAUCUCGACGAAGGCAGGAGGCUCCACAGCUCCAUUCUUGCUUCCACUCUCCGCCAUUGCAAGUUCCUGGCGGAUCAUCUGGUGCUCAUGUAUGGCGCUUGCGGGGAACUGCAGCAGGCCUUGGAGAUCUUCGCCUCUAUCCCGAACCCUGACACCAGAUCAUGCAACAUUAUGCUCAAUGUCUACAACCAAAACGGGCGACUGAAAGAAGCCAAGCUUUUGUUCGAUCGAGCCCCCAUGCCUGAUACAGUUUCCUGGAACUCCAUGAUUACUGCAUAUGCCCAGAACGGAUAUUUUGAAGACGCUCGAUUGAUGUUCGAUGGCAUGCGCGGGCGCGAUCUAAUCACCUGGAACUUGAUGAUAACGGCAUUUGUACGGUACCUUCAAUUUGAUCUGGCUAGAAAGUUCUUUGACAGGAUGCCUAAGCGGAACGAGGUAGCAUGGAACUGCCUGAUUUCCACAUUUGCCGAAGCACCGGGUCUUCGUCUGGAGGAUUCCAAAGCCCUGUUUGACGUUAUGCCGUCACAGAAUUCUUUGUCCUGGACAAGGAUAUUCAAUGCGUAUGCCCAAGCCGGGCAUAUCCUGGGCGCCAGUGCCGUGUUUGAGAGGAUGCCACUUCACGAUGCCGUGUCGUCAACGGCCAUGAUCACUGCGUUUGCGCAAAAUGGAAUGGAUGCGCAGGCAAGGAGGAUAUUUCUUGCAAUGGAGGAAAGGGAUUUGAUCGCUUGCAAUGUGAUGAUUUUACUGUACGCCCGGGCGGGGCAUCUUGAUCAGGCAAAAGAGAUGUUUGAUUCAACGCAAGGCAAAGCAGCGGGUACCUGGAAUGCUCUAGCAAAAUCAUUUCUACAGAAUGGUAAGAUUGACAUGACAAGGAUGAUGUUUGAUAAAAUGCCAUGCAGAAGCUUAGUGUCGUGGAAUAUUGCAGUGUCAGCCUAUGCUCAAAGCGGGUGUGUUGAUCGCGCAAAGUUUAUGUUUGAUCAAAUGCCUGAAAGAAACGUGAUCUCCUGGACUGCUUUGAUGUCAUCUGGCGCACAGAACAGCUCCAUUAAUCUUGUGAAGAUCAUGUUCCAGAAAAUGCCGUCCUGCAAUGUCGUCUCCUGGAAUGCCGUUGUUGCAGCAAAUGCCCAACUUGGAUACGUUGAAGAAAUGAAGACGUGCUUCGAUGCUAUGCCCGAAAGGGAUCCAUUUUCGUGGAACUCGUUACUUUCCGGGUUUUCUCAAGCGGGGCGUCUCGCUCAAGCCUUGCAGGUCCUGGAAAGGAUGCCAAAACACAGUGUCAUCUCAUGGAAUGUAGAGCUCGUGGCAUUUGGGACGAAUGGCUGCUUGGAGCAGUGCCAAACUAGAUUCAAAUCUAUGCCUGAGAGAACCCUAGUGUCUUGGAACACCAUGAUCGCAGUCUACUGCCAAUUCUCCUGCUUGGAUGAGGCCAGGCUCGCAUUCGACAGAAUGCCGCAGAGGCACGUUGUGUCAUGGAGCACAGUGAUCACGGGGCUCUCUCACUACGGCAGAGUGAGCGAGGCCAGGGAACUAUUUGCAUCCAUGCCCUCUCGCGAUGUCACAGCAUGGAACAUUAUGACCUCGGCCUACGAGCAAAACGGCUUCUUUCAGGAAGCUCUCACAACUUUCCAUGAAAUGCCUGUUCGGGACCUCGUGUCGUGGAAUGCCAUGAUCAAGGCUCAUGCGCCAGCAGGGAAAGCCCUCUUUCUCUUCCGGAUGAUGAACUUGGUAGGGGUUGCGCCGGACAGGAUCGCCUUUGCGACCAUUCUGGCCUGGUGCAGCCAUUCCGGGCUUGUCAAUGAGGCGUUGACACAGUUUGUGUCAAUGCGCGCUGACUUUGGGUUGACUCCCACGCGGGAGCACUACUGCUGCGUUGUUGACAUUCUGGCGAGGUCUGGGCAGCUUGAUAGUGCCGAAGAGGUGACAGACAAGAUGCCGUUUGCCGCUCAUGGUGCUACAUGGGGGAGCUUGCUAGCAGCGUCAACUUUCUACGAGAACGACGAUCUGGCAGCUCGGGCAGCUGAGAAAAUUGUGGAGUUUAGGCCUGAAUGUGGCUCUCCAUAUGUGUUGAUCUCCUUCAAACUCGUUGUGGGAGAGAUCCAAGUGAACCAGCCGGUGGAGCUGGCCGAAAUCCAGUUUUCGAAGCUUGUUCCUUGCCACCAUGAGAAUGGAGAGGCUCGAAGACUUGCCCAGAGAAGCUGGAAGGCUGCCACCCAGAAGAUUUUCUGA